GGUAGCCGGGAAAAUCGAUGAUGAACAGGGGGGCACCCUACCUAGCCGCGAAAGCGAGCGAGCACGGCUGCACCGCCGGAGAGGAUGGAGCAAAGACCGAAAUAUCGAUUUUUAGGCCCCUACGCGGCGGUUCGAUGCUCAUAUCUGCCCCGUGUCCCGUAUCCGCGCGAAGCGCCUUUCAAAACACCAACGACGCGUGCGAGACACACCGUAGUGACGCGGAUCUCGUCCGGGAAUUAUCGUGCAAUUAAAUACGUGGGGAUACGCCGGAGUGACGUGCGUUUCCCAAGUACUGGCCGAUGUCGUCAGAAAAAAUGGCCAUCGCUGCUUCGGAGAAUUAUCAACUUAAGUGGCACAGCUAUGGCGCGCAUUUGCACAGCUCUGUCGCGACGUUACUGCACUCAGAAUCCUUCGCAGAUGUCUUAUUAGCGACGUCCUGUGGCCGACACGUGGCGGCCCAUCGAUUUGUCCUUGCCGCUUGUUCAUCGUACCUAAGCCACAUUUUUCAAACAUGUCAUUUCGGAGCGAAUACAAACGCUCCGAUAAUUGUGGUAUUACCGACUGAAAUCGGAUACCGCACGCUGAAGAUCCUGAUUCAAUACAUGUACAGCGGAGAAGCUACCGUGACGAACGAUCAACUGGAGGGUGUACUGAAAGCCGGUGAUAUACUACGCGUUCGUGGAUUAUGGAGAUCGAAUACCGGCAGUAAAAAGGAGAACAUACAAUCGAACAACCAGAAGGUCGAUCGGGAUAAAAGGGAGCAACCGCCGUUAACCGGUCAAAUACAAAAGAUUAAGUUGGUUCACCCGUCGACGGAGAAGGUAGUUGAAAAUGUACAACAGACGACACCGACGCAAAACAACGUUCAACCUCAAAAACCUACCUCGGAAAGAAAGAGUAUCGAGAAGAUCGACGAGAAGAUCAGCGAGCCGGAAACUAAGAAAGUGUUGGAGGAAAAUAAGAAUAACGAACACAACAAAAACAAGGAGAACCUGGAGGCCAACGGGAAGAAAAGAAAAACAACCGUCAACAGCGAUGUAGAAUCCAAUAAAUCUAAAAGCGAGGACGGUGAAAAUACGGAGUUGAAUCUGGAGCUUUUAGUAAAAGACGAACCAAUCUGGGAGGAAACUAUUGAUCCAUCGGAAUCACUGACGAUAGACCAUGAGAUUGAUAUCAAACCGGAAAUCGUACACAGCGCGGACGAAGAGGAGGAGUAUACGCCAUUAACGUGCGACAUGUGUAGUCAAACGUUUAAUCGGCCAUCCGAUUGGGUGAGACACAUUGAAUUUACGCACGCUGAUAUGACUGAAAAUCGAAGGAAAAAAAGGAAGGACGAUGUAGAUGACGACAGCAAGGAUUUUCCACCUUUAAAAUGUGACCUCUGUGGUAAUAUGUACUCGACGCCUCAAGAAUGGGUACGUCAUAUACAAACGGAACACACAGAAGAGCAAUUAGCCUUAAUGAACAACUCCGCACCACCUAAGCCAAAAAGAGUUCACAGUCAUCAAAAAUUGUGCAACAUUUGUCAAAAAGAAUUUCCAAGCCACGCAUCGAUGGUAAUUCAUCAAAGAACACAUACAGGGGAGAAGCCUUUUCUCUGUUCCUAUUGUAAAAAAGGCUUUAAUGUAAAAAGUAAUUUGCUAAGGCAUCUAAGGACAUUGCAUGACAAGUAUGUACAUCCCAGUUUAUAUGGGAGUAAUGGUAACUCGAAUGCUUAAGCCCUUAUAAUUUUCCGAUGUAAAUGUUCUUUUUCUUGUUAGUAUCUCAUUUGCAAAGUAAACGUCACGCACUACUCUAGAUACUUGUGAAAUCAUGCUCACAGACUGAAGGUAUAACAUAUGCAUUGAUAAUCCUGCAUAAGCAUGUUAAAUUGGUCCAAAGAAUUAGAUGUUAUCAUAGUACGCGUGGCAUCUUCUUUGAAAAUGAGCAACCGUUCAAAGCUGGACAAAUUUUCUUAAAAAUUAAACGAACAAUUUGAAGUAUACCUUUCGCGCAUUAAAUUUCGUAAUCUUAUUUACUAAUAACAACAUGUAUUCGACAUUCUAUUAUAUCAAUGUACGAAUGAUUAUUUUACUUUUAAAUUCGAAACUAUUUUGUUAAAAACACAAAAGCAAUAUCAGGGCUUUAAAACCAAAGAGGCUGAUUACUAUUGCCAAAGUGUCUUGUUUUGUUGCAACUACAAUUCAUUUUUCGAGUAUAGGCGGCAUACCAAAAGUAUUUAUUUUGAUUAGAAGUUUCAUUUAAACAUGUAUGAAUAAGAAUGACGAUAUACAGGUCUUCGCAGUAUGUGCGUGUAAAAUAAUUCAUAGUAUAAAUCAACAUUUAUUGAUUAAUAUUUAAUUAUUUAGUAACUAUACGAGAUCCAAAUUGUGUAAGAUUUAACUGUAUACUUCUAGGCUAUUCCAUCCAUGGUAGCCCUCUUAUUCCCUCAGCUCGUAAGCUAAUUAUGUAUUUUUAUAUUAAACUAGCUUAUACACAAAAGGUAUAAGAAAUAAGAUAACUAAAGUAAGUGAAAAAUUUGAACUUCAAUUAGGCUAGGAUAUAAGGAUAACACAUAAUUCAAAAAUUUAUCAAAUGUUUUGGAAAUAUAUUGAGUUCUUCUUACAUAUAAAAAAACGCAAUAUUAUCAAAAUAUUGUCACAGUUUAUGAAACGGUAACAAUAUAAAUCUUACAAGAAUGACACCAUAUUACCAUGUUAAUCAUGAUCGUGUCACUCUACUAUGAAUCUUAGUGUCAAUUCUACGUUGCGCUAACACUGUGACGAGCCAAAUGACUUUUAAAUGUAAAAUUUAAAUAUAUUACCUUCAAAGUA